CUUCUUUGGUCUCCCUCCGUCUCUAUAUAAACAAAUAAAGAGAGCUCUCUCUUUCUCACAAGUCGUUUAACAAUUUGCAGCUCUCGAAGUAGAACUCAAGAAACUUCUAGAUCAUUAUUCUCCGGCGAAUAUUCAAGUCUCAUCAAUCAUGAUCCCCGUGGUAAUCAUUUCUGAGCUAUUGGUGGAGUACACGACGUCUCUCGCUAAACUCAUAGCUGUGAUUCUUCCGAGGCGGCAAGGCGACGGAAACUUCGUAAGGAUUGGCAAUUUAUCCGUGUAUUGUCCUCCUGGAUCGUCGCCGGUUCCAGAUUACUCUUCGCAUCUAGUCAACUUUUGAUAGAUGCUUUGCCUUUUCCCCUUCUAUUUUUUUAUCAAGUAGAUGAGUGACAGCUGAGGAUUUUUUUUUCGCCCUUUUUGAAUACUGGGCAGCUAGAGAUUUGUAAACAUUUAUUGUAUUUGAAUUAAUAGAGAUUAUGACAGAAUUUUCUUAAUUUAUGAUAAUUGAUCAUCUGUUC